UUUUGUUUCCAAGCUCAAGCCUCAAAGUGCCUCAAACUCCAAACUCAAAAUGGCGGACAAGGAGUUUUCACUUUUCAUUUUCAAGAAUUUAGUACACUAAACAUACAACAAUAAACAAUAUUGGAUAGCCAUGAUCCAUUAUGGUACUUUUCCUUUUUUUACUCUCUGCUCUGUACUCUACAGCUGGAGGUACGGAUGGAGACUCUUCUUUGACUGACCAUUAUCCUCAAAUCAAAAUACUUCCUCUGAUGUCGACUACUGAAUUCCUUUUCAAACGAAUUGAUGAUACCUUGAAUGUUACAUGCAGUAUCAUUGGAGCGAAUGCAGACAAAUUCUAUCUAGAAUGGAUUACGCCAAUAGAUGUGCAAAACAGUUUCUAUUCUAGGUAUGAAAACUGGAACCAUAAACUAUUGAAGACAAACUCUUUGAAUCUAUACAUGGACGCCCUAGAAGAAAUUGAUGCUGGGAACUAUACUUGCAUGGCUAGCUUACCAUCUACCAAUGUCACCCUUCAGAAACAUUUCUUCCUGAAAAUUAAUAAUAGUAAGUUACUGUAACCAUUGUCUCUUUUCUGUGAUAUCACUUGAAAAUGGCAUCAAUGUUGAAACAUGUUGUGAUUAAAUAAUUUAAAAACGGGUACUGAGAUUUUUAUUUUUAUUACUAUUUAUACUGUAACCAUUUAUGGUACUCUGUUCGCGGUAGGAAACGACAGCAUUCAGUUGGCAUUUGUGUGCGUGAAAAUGUAAUGAAUCCUUUUUGAAUUGCUAAUUACCAGUUCACAAAUUCACUUGCGCUUAUUCAAUGUCAUACUAGGAUCACGUAUUCUGUGUUUACUGUGUUUGGAAUUUUGGAAAAUCAGUUUGACGUACGUGAAUUUUAAUAGCCCAAUAAUGAUAACCUUUGAAUAAUUGAGAAAAAUACUUAUGGAGCAC